UUUACACUCAAUUUUUGUAUUUCAAAUAUUUUCUAAAAACAGGUCUCAAAAAUGAAAUUUGCUUUAAUCAUUACCUUUACAUCUCUAUCUCUCAGCGUUCUUGCCAUUCCUUCGCGGCACACCCCGAUAAUGUUUGCUCCCAUGGCACUAUCCGAAGAGCAGCUUGCCGCCCAAGCCAAUAUCCAGGCCGCUGCUCAAGCUGCCGCUUACGCCUCGUAUAUUGCCUCGGCCAACCACAAGGCCGAAAAGGAUGCCAGGAGAGAUGAGCGUAGAAAGGAGUGGGAUGAGUGGGCUAAGCAGCAAAACGAGUACGGUGUGCCGAAUGGCUCAAAUUUUGUUGGCAGCAUACUUAAUGGUGUUGGUGGUAUUAUUGACUCAGCCUUGGGCCCGGUUUAUAACAUCAUUGGAGCACGCUAAAAUAACAAAUAUAUGUUUUUUUUGCUUUUUUUGUUUUAAAUAUCAUUAAAGUAAUAAAUUAU